AUGGGUAAGCCCGAGUCCAAAAACUCCAUGAAAUGCGUUUGCAUCACAAUGGUGGCAGCUGUCGACGAAGAGGUCGUCUGCUGGCGAGUCCGAGACAAGCUCGUCAUCAGUGCCAAUGACAUGAUCAACGCCCUGGAUGCUAUAAAACCAGCGGAUGGCAGCAGAGGAUCUGUCGAUGAGGGCAGAGGGGACCAAGGUGAAGAUGAGACCGUCAUAGAAGCCGACCAGGGAAAUGUGCUCGGGCACAUUAUAUCCCAGCUCAGGCCUGGUGCAGACCUGAGCCGGGUCACGCUUCCAACAUUCAUUCUUGAACCUCGUAGCAUGCUCGAGCGGAUCACCAACUUCAUGUGCCACCCGGAAAUGCUCCUACCCAUCCCGAAGAUGGACGAUCCCACAGACAGAUUCGUAUCCGUCGUGAAAUUCUACCUAAGCGGUUGGCAUAUCCGUCCUCCGGGAGUCAAAAAACCUCUGAACCCUAUUCUCGGCGAGAUCUUCACUUGCUAUUGGGACUUUCCAGACAACACACGAGCAUACUACAUCUCCGAGCAGACCUCUCACCACCCACCGAAAUCAAGCUACUUCUACAUGGCUCCUGACCACCACAUCAGAGUCGAUGGAUGUCUAAAACCAAAGAGCAAAUUCCUGGGAAACUCAGCAGCAAGUCUGAUGGAGGGCACGGCGACACUCACAUUCUUGAACAGGGGCAAGGACCCGCAGAAGGGCGAGCGAUACUUCCUCACGCAGCCGAACAUGUACGCAAGAGGAAUCCUCUUUGGCAAGAUGAAGUAUGAGCUCGGCGAUCACAGUUUCGUUCGGUGCCCCGAGCUGGGCCUUGUCGCAGAUUUGGAAUUCAAGACAAAGGGCUGGGUGGGUGGCACGUACAAUGCCAUCGGCGGUACCAUCAGGAAUGAGAAGACGGGCGAGGCGUUGUACGAGUUCUCUGGGUUGUGGAGUGACGAGAUGGUCAUCAAAAACCUAAAGACUGGACACAAGGAUGCAUUCUUCAAUGCACACCGCUCAAAGCCGUCGCCUCCCCAGGUCAGACCCAUAGAAGAGCAAGAUGAGAAGGAGUCACAACGGCUAUGGCGCAAGACUGCUCAAGCUGUGAAAGACAGGAACCACGAACUCGCUACAGACGAGAAGACCAAGAUCGAGGACGCGCAAAGAGAUGAAGCUGCCAAGAGAGCCCAAGACGGGGUUGAGUGGCACCCUCGUCUCUUCAGGAGAGUCAGAGGUGGUCCUGGUGGCUCCGAGGAAGGAGAGGAAGACCUUGAAUGGAUAAUCAACGCAAAACUCGACCCGACUGACCCAAAGAAACAAAUCGAACAAAUUCUGGACAUAUAUCCAAUCUCACCAGGUCAGAAAGCCAACACGACUCGCUCGAUUCCUCCCAGGGCUAGCAUCAGCGAGGCUCCACCACCUCAACCGAAGCAGGAUGAUUUGAUAGAUUUCGGUCAGGACGAUACCCCAGCGGAGCUUCCCAAGCCGAUACAACACCAACUCAAGGAUGACCCCAAGGUAGAGAGCACAGGGGAGAUUUCCGGGAUGCUCAAGUCUACUGGCAAGGCAUCCGAAGGACCGCUGAUCGAUUUCCAUGACGACCUGAAGAAGAAUGUUCCGGACAUUCGAAGAUCAGACACAACCGGGUCUAAUGACGUUUUUGUAGAUGCGAAGGAGUAG